AUGGGCUGGUGGCCCUUCUCCUCGGACCCCCGCGGCGACGCCAUUCGCUCCGGCGACGCCAUCCCCAACCGCGCCGAGCGCUCGCAGUGCUGGGCCUCGCGCGACGCCUACUUUGCCUGCCUCGAUGCCCACUCCAUCCUCGACGCCGGCAAGGACGCCGCCGCCGCCGCCAAGGCCUGCCCGACGCAGACGGCCGACUUUGAGCGCGACUGCGCCGCCGCUUGGGUCAAGUACUUCAAGCAGUGGCGCGUCGCCGACCUGCAGAAGCGCAGGCGACUCGACGAGCUGAGGAAGCAGGGCGCCCAGGAGAUGACCGUCUCGACAGCCUUUGCGCCCGACGGCCCCGCCCCGGAGAAGGCGGCCACCGGAAAGGCGGACAUUCAGGAGAUGCUGGAGAGGAAGAAGGCGAGGUAA